UGUUGAAUAUAUUUGCAAUGGUAGAAAGACCGUAAACAGAUCUGAAGUUUAGCCUUGAUUGGUGUAACAGAGUUGUGGGAUAUCGAGUUCAGACUGGUACUUGGAAACUCAUUCAGGAUUUACAUUUAUAGAGUUGUGAGGAAAGAAGUUGCCUGAGCAUAAAAGCGGGUUCCCUCGGUCGGUAGUUUGACAACUGAGAGGACCCGCUUCAAAUGGCUUUGCUCAGCUCACAAGAAUCAUCCCUUCCCAUCUCAUCAGGCCAUUUAUUCCAUUUAAUUCAAUUACCAAACCUUGUUCCAGUGGAUUCCACAUCGAAACAGAUGGCCUUGUAUGGAAAAUCUAAAAACAAGCCAACAUAUCCAUGUGGUUGGACUUCCUUGCUAUAGGAAAUUGCUUCACCAUUGGACCCAGCUUCUAGGUGAGAAGUGACUUCACAUGUACUCAAAUGCAUUAAAUCGGAUCAUAUCAACAUAUCUCAGCUUUUAUUUGAUUCACAACUUGGUUUGUGAAGUUAAUGAGGAUUGGAAAGCCUGUCACAUGGUAUGUUGCAACACAUCUUCCAAGAUAUAUUGGCAAACUUGGUGAAAUUUUCUUGGCCUCUUGUUAUUGGAAAUAGUGGGACCAAUGAGAAAGUGACUGAAAUCCUAAGAGCAAACCCAUGUGAGCCAUUGGAAAAGUAGGGCCCUGCUACACAUUUUCUGCCUUCCCCUCCAGUUCUCAGUUUAUAAAUAUACAUCGAAAUAACAGCCAUUCUCAUCAAACAAGUACUCCAUUUCCUACUUCAAAAUCCAUUUCAAGCAGAAUACCAAUCGAGAUUUCGAUAAAAUUUCCAAUAUGGGAAUCCGUUUGCCAUCAAUUCUUCUUAAUGCCAAACAGAUUCUGAAAAUGCAAGCUAUGUCUGCCAGAAAUCAGUCAGAUGUUCCUAAAGGCUACAUUGCAGUUUAUGUGGGAGAGAUUCAGAGGAAGAGAUUUGUGGUACCUAUUUCGUACUUGAAGCAUCCUUCUUUUGUAGAUCUGCUCAAUAGGUCAGAAGAAGAGUUCGGAUUCUGCCAUCCAAUGGGCGGCUUGACGAUUCCGUGCAGAGAAGAUGCCUUCAUAAAUCUAACUUCUAGGCUGCACACAUCAUGAAAGUUGAAAGAACAAAAAUGGAAUGUUACUGAUCACAGUUUUGCCAUUUAGAGAAAAGUAGAGCUAGGAUAACACUGUACAGAAACUUAGUUUGAGCAAUGGUACUUACAUUUUUCUCAUAUGAAAACUUUCCCUCUUCAGCUCAUGAAUUUCAAUUUUUGUUAGUUACUAGUUUUUGCUCUUGUUGCUUUAUAAUUUCAUAACUGAAGGGGGCUGCCUCAUAAUUUUAUAAGUCAUACAUAAUAAAUAGUAUUAAGUAGAAAAGUUCACAUUCGGUUGUAUCAAAAUAUUUCCCUUUUUGAUAGUUUAUGAAGAAUUCAGAUCACCCAACUUUAACAAUCAACUCGCUGUUUUUGUCACAAAAAAAAAAUAAAUAAAUAAAGCUCUAAUUGAGAGAAAUGGAAUGAUACAAUAGGGCCAACAGAAAAAAAAUGGCCUAGAAAAACAACAGCCUAAAAAAGGAGCUAAAUUGGAACAAAACCUAACAAAACACAAAAUAGCUCAAUCCAAUAGAAAGAUUUCCCUUCCCUGCAAUCAACUCACUCUGACAUUUCACUAGUAUUAUAUUCCAUCAUGACAGAAAAUUCUUCGUUAUUCUCUUCAGCAUUAUAGUGAAAACAUAUUAUCUAAAGAAAACAAGUUUCUCUGAAAUUUGGAAAUUAAUUAUUUCAUUGUUUUACAAU